GCAAACAAACGAGCUCGCGCCAUUUAAUGAACAAAAUCGAACCGAAGAACACCGAAUAAUGGCGGCGCAGUGGCGGGCUCAACAGCCGCCAGGAUUGGAAGGCUUGCAGCAGGACCCCUACUACGAGGCAUUCCCAGGCACGCCCGACGUGUAUUUCCCCGCUGCGCCGACGGCCGGGACGCAGACCACAAGCGAAUACCAGAAGAAGAGUCCGGACGACUACUCCGCCAACUCGUGGUGCCUGUUCCUGCUGCGUGUUUGCGCCAUAGGGAUUGUGCUGCUAGUGUGCAGCCUGAUAGCCUUCGUCAUGUUGGGCGGGAGCAGAUUGUUCGAGAGCAGUCACCCUACUACCACCACCGAGACCGCAUCUGCCACCUCGUUAACGUCCCCGCCUCCUCUGUCAACGAUAAGGCAAGGUCCAAAACCAAGGACCGAACCUACCGAACCUAGCGUGACGUAUGGGGAAAUCUACACUGAAGGAGGGUAUGCAGUUGCGGUCAAUGACUCUCAGUAUGGCGAAGGUCAUGAGAAGGUGCUGCACGCCGACGAAGUACUUGAAAGCGUUCCACUGAACCUUGCCCCUCGGCAUCCACGAAAGCCUCGUGGCAGGGCCACUACGGCUAGAAGGAAGAGAACCAGUAGGAAGCUGAAAUGAUUGGACUCCUCAACAACGCAUGAUCAAAUACGUGCAAAAAUUGUGCUCGUGUAGCGCAGUAAUAAAAAUGU